AUGGACGCCGGCGGUGUGCAAGUUCAACAUCAACCGUCAAACCAAUCUUGGAGAAACGGUGGUGGUGUUAAUGGUAAUGACCAAAAUAAACGUAAUAACGGCAGCAACGGCGGUAAUAAUAAAACAAGACCGGCAAACUUAAAGUCUAUUAAUGUUGAGCACGCUCAAAGUAUCUUGGGAACUAGUUCCAGGUCUUCACCACCUCAAAAUGUAUUUAUUUCGAGGUCUCCACCCAAAUCAGUAUCACCUUCCUCCUCAUCUAACGGCUCACUGAACGGCAACAAUAACAAUAGUAAUGCUAUUAACGCUGCUUCUACCGCUGUUCAACUUUCCCCCUCAAAACAAAAAUCAUCGAUGAGUAACUCAGCGGGUAGACCAACGCCGAAACCUCUUAAUCUAUCAAAAUCCACCGCAGUCCAAGUCUCGAAUUUCAAUAGAGGCCCGCAAACAGCGACUUUUGCUCCCAAGGUCAGUCGAGCACUAAACCUUCCUCAACCUCCGAAAACGGCCACUUUUUCAAAGUCAACAGGUUUUCCCAAGGAGCUAAGACAGGCAACCGCUGUUAGAAUGCCUCAAGCGUAUGCAUUUUUAUAUGGUGAUCAAACAUAUAUUCAAGCAGUCCCCGAGUCUCCACGACUACGACGCUAUAGUGCUACGCCAGCUCCACUUCGAUUUGUCACUUCUAAUUAUCGUCAAGUCGAAUUAGGUCCUGGUACUCCUGUGGUUGUUCUUAGUCAUCCGGAGGAUUCCGAUUCACAAGAGUCAUCUCCCCCGACUCCUGGUUAUUUACCAGAAGGUUAUGGACCUGAUAUUUAUGACUUUUAUCAACUGACUUAUGAACCGGAAGAAAUCGAGGAUAAUCACUUAUAUUAUUACUAUCCUGAGUAUCAGCAAGAUUAUGUUCCCCAAACUCCAACAGGAACAUCUCAACCACGCACUUAUACUCUUCCUACCACAUCAAAGGAUCAAAGACGUAGAAGUGUCAUUGGUGGCCCAAUGAAAGUUCAUCCUGAUGCUGUUCUUCCAAUCCGGCAGCCAAAAGGUCCAGAUAUGGCAAAAAACUUUGCCACGCGUAUUCGUCGUAAAGCAGUCAACAAGUUGUACGCGGCUGCCGCUGAAAGACGAAGAUUAGGUUUGUUUUAG